AGACACAAUAACCAGACCCUACGAUCUCCGCCCAGCAGGUGGCGCUCCUCCGAGUGUUCACACUGCGGCCUUCACAGCCUCUGUUGGAGCAGAAUGUCGGAAGCGGGUGUUGUCGCAUCCCUCGAGGACUCUUGGAGCAAAUCUGACACCUCUUUUAGUGAUAAUGUGGAAACAGGACAUAUGGAACGAAAAGGAAGCAUAGUGUCCAGAGCAAACAGCAUUGGCUCCACCAGUGCCUCCUCUGUUCCCAAUACAGAUGACGAGGACAGUGAUUAUCGACAGGAAAGCAUUAAGGAUGCAUACAAAGACAGACGGAGGCGGGCACAUACACAGGCCGAACAGAAACGAAGGGAUGCUAUUAAAAAAGGCUAUGAUGAUUUACAGACUAUAGUGCCUACGUGUCAGCAACAAGACUGCUCCAUAGGCUCUCAAAAGCUAAGCAAGGCAGUUGUUCUGCAGAAGACCAUUGAUUAUAUUCAGUUCCUUCAUAAAGAGAAGAAAAAACAGGAGGAAGAGGUAUCUACCUUGCGUAAAGAGGUCAUGGCCUUGAAGAUUAUGAAAUCUAAUUAUGAGCAGAUUGUUAAAGCUCAUCAGAAUAAUCCUAACGAAGGGACUGACCAAGUUCCAGACCAGGUGAAGUUCAGUGUAUUUCAAGGGAUCAUGGACUCCUUGUUCCAAAGCUUCAAUGCUUCAAUCUCUGUGAAGUUUCAGGAGUUGUCUGCUUGUGUCUUCAGCUGGAUUGAGGAGCACUGUAAACCUCAGGUAUUUAUUUUUGGUGAUCACAGUAUCCAUACUGAAUGUUCCGUUUAAAACCCAAAUCUAAAAUGUAAUUUCCUGACAGCUCCAUGUCAGCCUACCACUGGGUCUGCC